AUGACCAUCGAUCUCGCCCCCGCCGUCCCUAUCACGGCGCCCAGCUUCAGCAAGGCCACAGUCGACCACAUUGCCAAGCUCAAGCGCGAGGCCGACUUUUAUCAGAGUGCGUGGGAGGAGGUGUUGCCGUUCAUCAAGGCGAUGGGGAAACAAUUGGUUAAUAGCUGGGGAUUUGAGCGGAUUCCGGACGCUUCAGCAGGAGACACAUACCUACACCUCGUUCUUUCCAGUCACACGACCAACUCCAGCUCUACCUCCAGCUCCAUCCAUCUUGAGCUCCCCGCCUCUAUCCACUCGUUCCUCACGCGCCAGCCCUUUCCCCCUACCCACUCCGACACCGUCAUCCGCGCAGACCAGCCCGUGCACAUCGGCCCCGAGGCGAUCGGCAUCCCGCCCCUCCUCGACAUUGUCAACAUGCUGCAGUGCUUCUUACCUGGCAUCAUUGAUGUUCCGACCGGGACCGGAGCCUGCGGAGUCGGGCAAGAAGACAGAGAGGGAGAGGGGCGGAAUUUGCCCGAGGUGAAGUGGCUGCUCGAGAAGGAGUUGAUCCUGAGGGAGGCGUUUGGGUGCACGUAUUUCCGGUACAUGAUCGAUGCUGCGCGCGAGCAGUAG